AGUUGAAUUUGCUCUUUUGUUCACUUCUCUAAACAUGUCAGUUCCUGCCGGUACCUUGCGUUUGGGCUCCACCGCCCCAGAUUUCCAAGCCGAAACUUCCAACGGCCCAAUCUCCUUCCAUGAAUUCAUUGGCGACAAGUGGGUUGUUUUGUUCUCCCACCCAGAUGACUUCACCCCGGUUUGUACCACCGAAUUGGGUGCUUUUGCCAAGUUGGAGCCGGAAUUUGCCAAGAGAGGUGUCAAGUUGAUCGGUCUCUCUGCCAACGGUACUGAAUCCCACAAGGCCUGGAUCAAAGACAUUGAUGAGGUCACCGGCUCUAAGUUGUCUUUCCCGAUCAUUGCUGAUGCUGAAAGAAAGGUUGCCCACUUGUACGACAUGAUUGAUUUCCAGGAUGCUUCCAACGUCGAUGACAAGGGGGUCCAGUUCACCAUCAGAUCCGUCUUUAUCAUUGACCCGAGCAAGAAGAUCAGAUUGAUUUUGUCCUACCCAGCCUCCACCGGCCGUAACACCGCUGAAGUCUUGCGUGUCAUUGACUCCUUGCAGACCGGUGACAAGCACAGAAUCACUACCCCGAUCAACUGGGUUCCUGGUGAUGAUGUCAUUGUCCACCCAAGUGUCACCAACGAGGAGGCCAAGACUUUGUUCCCAAAGUUCCGUGUUAUCAAGCCAUACUUGCGUCUUACUCCAUUGGAUGUUGAACAAAAGUAAGUUGUCCUCACCUGACUGGCUCUUGUGAUGCUCUCUAUACAUAAAUUCUCUCCCCGUUUUAUCUCCCCUCACUGCUGAAUGCAUUCCCUUCUACUAUAUCAUGGGCGUAAUCGUAGAUGGCGAAAGGAAUUAUCAAGAAUUCGAUACUCUGAGCUGCACUUGUGUGGAGCUUCUUCAUGCAGCGUUUGUGACUGCGCACCAGAACUGUUGAGGUCCUAUAGAACUCUGCGCGGGGCUUGGAACAAGGCUUGUAGGUGUUAUUUUUGGCCACUUACUUUUAAAGGUAUCCCGUGAAGUCGACCUCGUUUUAUUUUUAAGAGGAUACCUUUUGAUGUUGGCAUUUGGUAUAUCUCAUGUGUGACACUUUGGACCUAGUAAACAUUCGACCAUUUAUCUUUCAAGAUUUAUUUACGGGGAAUCAAUUCCCAGUGGUUUAUAUGGAUCAACGCGCCAUUCAAGACUUGAAGUAAAAAUCCAUUCUACGA